AUGUCGGUUUACCAUUAUGUUCAAAAGCUCAAUGUUUACGAUGAGAAGCUUGAAAAGAUUGUUAUUCCUGAAUUCAUAGAGAACAGACCCUUCAAGGAAACAAAUCUGUUGCAAAAAGAAGAAAUAUUAGCAAUCAUAUUACGAAAUGUGAAUAGUAAAUUUAUUUCUGAAAUGAGGAUAAAUUACACGUUUAGAAACAUAGAACAAUUAGAAAAAUUUCAUGAUAGAAUUAUUGCAAAAUUCACAAAAAAAUAUUUUGAAACAUACAAAGAUUUGCCACUCGAAGAUAUUCAAGGUUGGGAUAAAAUGUUGUUAGUUGCCAAAAACAUUCAAGACGAAGAUAUGAAGGAUGUGUACGCGGACAUGGUUUCACCUGAAAUAAUUCAGAAAUACAGCAGUAUACGCCCAACUACCCAAGAAAAUGGACUGAACGGGAACUAA